UCCUAUGGAAGCUUAUGGGAGUGUUGCAACUCUGUUUCUCAUCGGCUCUGGUUUAAGUUAAAGUAUUAUCGAGUCUGCGUAUGACGCUGUUCUACAGACGAUCUUUUAGAACCUUACUGACACAACUGUUUGAACACGUUUCUUAAACACAGAGGCGGGAAACGCCUCAGCUUGGAGAAAACUAAAGUCAAGCAGUUCUAUAUGCCUCUACGCAGCAAAAUGGCAGACGCCAGUAUUCCAUGGUCUCAGGAAGAAUUUAACUGCUCAAUCUGUCUGGAUUUACUGAAGGAUCCAGUGGCCCUUACAUGUGGACACAGUUACUGUAUGAGCUGUAUUACAGGCUGCUGGGAUCAGGACGAUCAGAAGGGAGUCUACAGCUGUCCUCAGUGCAGACAGACCUUCACUCCAAGACCUGUUUUAGGUAAAAACACCAUGCUGGCUGAAGUGGUGGAGAAACUCAAGAAGAUAAAACUACAAGAUAUUCGACCUGCUCAGUGUUACUCUGGAUCUGGAGAUGUGGAGUGUGAUGUCUGUACUGGGGACAAAAAUAAAGCCAUCAAGUCCUGUCUGGACUGUCUGAACUCUUACUGUCAAAAUCAUCUUGAACAACAUGAGACUUUCUUCAAAGGUAAGAGACACAAUCUAAUGGACGCCACUGGACGACUGCAGGAGAUGAUCUGCCCUCAACAUGAUAAACUGCUGGAGGUUUACUGUCGUACAGAUCAGCACUGUAUAUGUUAUCCUUGUACAAUGGAUGAACACAAAAACCAUGACACUGUGUCAGCUGCAGCAGAGAGGACUGAGAAACAGAGACAGUUGGGAGAGAUGCAAAGAAAAUUCCAGCAGAGAAUCCAGGAGAGACAGAAGGAGCUUGAGGAGCUGAAAGAGGCUGUAGAGUCUCACAAGCGCUCUGCACAGACAGCAGUGGAGGACAGUGAGAGGAUCUUUACUGAUCUGAUCCGCUGCAUUGAGAGAAGCCGCUCUGAGGUGACACGGCUGAUCAGAGAUCAGGAAAAGGCUGAAGUGAGUCGAGCUGAAGAACAACUGAAGCGACUGGAGCAGGAGAUUGAAGAUCUGAGGAGGAGAGACGCUGAGCUGGAGCAGCUUUCACACACAGACGAUCACAUCCAUUUCCUCCAGAGUUUCCAGUCUCUCUCUGUUCCUCCUGGAUCUACAGACUCACCCAGCAUCACUGUCAGUUCUCGUCUCUCUUUUGAUGAUGUUGGUAAAUCUGUUUCUCAACUGAGCAAGAAACUGGAGUAUUUCUGCAGAGAGGAGAUAGAGAAGAUAGCUGGUAGAGUAACAUACACUGAGAUCAUUCCUACCUCUGAACCCAAGACCAGGGAGGAGUUCCUUCAAUAUUCUCAUCAUCAGCUCACUAUGGAUUUAAACACAGCGAAUAAAAAGCUCCACCUGUCUGAGAGGAACAGAGUGAUUGAAUACACUGCCACAGUCCAUGUAUAUCCUGAUCAUCCAGACAGAUUUGACUACUGGGAGCAGGUGUUGUGUAGAGAGAGAGUGUGUGGACGCUGCUACUGGGAAGUUGAGUGGAGUGGUGAGGUGGAUAUAUCAGUGUCAUAUAAAAGUAUCAGCAGGAAAGGACGGGGUGAUGAGAGUAGAUUUGGAUGUAAUGAUCAGUCCUGGUGUUUGUUCUGCUCUGACUCCAGCUGCUCAUUCUGGCACAAUAACAAACAGACUAAACUCCCUAGAGUCUCCAGCUCCUCUAGAAUAGGGGUGUAUGUGGAUCACAGUGCAGGAACUCUGUCCUUCUACAGCGUCUCUGACACAAUGACCCUCAUUCACAGAGUCCAGACCACAUUCACUCAGCCUCUCUAUCCUGGAUUUGAGUUCAGUCAAGUAUGUAAUAGUGUAUCAAAAGUUAAACUAUGUAAAUUAUAAAUGCGAUACUACUUGAUUCUACAAAUAAAAUAGCAUAUUAACA